AUGACUACCUCGCUGCCUGAAGAAGUUGUCCAAGCGAUCGAGUUCGAAAAGAGUCAAUGGGCAACUGGUUCUGUCUACGAGGAUCCUUUCUAUUCCGUUGAAGGUCUCGAUGCUUCAGCGAGACCUGGAGCUCUUCUUAAAGUCGAGAAGACAAGCGACGUCUCAUUGUACUCGAUUCCAGCAGCCACAACUCUCUCACGCUUUGUCUAUCAGUCCAAGACGUUUAGCGGCUCCUUGGUUCCUGUAUCAGCCUACGUGCUCUGGCCCAGCAGUCCUCGCACAUCCCCUGAUGGCUUUCAAGUCGUCGCCUGGGCCCAUGGGACCAGCGGUAUCUCAGCAGAAAAUGCACCGUCUCACACCAAAAACCUAUGGCAACACUUUUUAGCUCCCUACCAGCUUGUUUGUCAGGGCUAUGUAGUCGUAGCUACUGACUACGCCGGUCUAGGUGUCUCCAAAACUGCCGACGGAAAAUCUAUCGUUCAUGAAUAUCUUGCCCUUCCGGCUCACGCAAAUGACGUCGUCUACUCUGUCCUCGCAGCUCAAGAAGCGUUUCCCGAACUCUCAAGAUCGUGGGUGGCAGUCGGCCAUUCUCAAGGCGGAGGGGCAACACUGGCAGUAGCACAAAGACAGGCCAAGGACCAUAUCCCAGGAUAUCUUGGAGCUGUUCCCAUUUCUCCAGUAACACGGCUCAUGGACGAGGCAGAUCCGGCCCGCACCGUCGUUACUUCAUUGAUGGUACCAGGCAUUCAAGCAGCUUUUCCAGGCUUCAACGCUGAUGACAUUUUGACGGAAAGGGGCAAAGAGAUACUAGGUUCCGUACGGAAAUACCACCUGACUCUUGGUGCAUCAACCCCCAUGCUGUUCACUGCAGAUCUUAUGAAGUCAGGUUGGCACAACAACAGCUUCCUCUCAACCCACCAAGACACAAUACAAACCGGAGGGAAACCCGUAGCAGGACCGCUCCUCAUCAUCCAUGGCCAAUGCGACGAGCUCUUAUCCCCAGACAAACUGACGUCAGCCGUUAAGAAAACGGCAGAGAUGAAUACAAACGCCAGUAUCAAGUACAUACAAUUCGAAGGCGCGUCGCACAAUGGAACGCUGCCGGCUAGUCAGUGGAUGUGGAUGGAUUGGAUUGCGGAUAGAUUUAAAGGAGUGGAUCAGAAAAAGGGCUUGGUAUGUGAGGUGAGGAAGACGGCGAAGAGCGUGGACAGCUAUCAGCGGAAUCUGAAUUGGUGGUUGAAACAUGCUAAAGCUUAUCAUGAGACGCCUUGA